AUGCCUCAAGAGAUCGAUGUUAAACCCUCGACAUGGAAGCUUGUCGAGGUCGGCAGAGUCGUGCUGAUCCGCAAAGGCCCUCAUGCAGACAAGUUGGCUGCUAUCUCUGAGAUCGUAGACCACAAACGCAUCUUGGUCGACGGUCCCUCCAGCGACGAGGACAAGGUCGUCCCACGCCACUCCAUCCCCCUUGCCUACGUUACCCUCACAUCUCUCAUGGUCGAGAAACUCCCACGAAAGGCCGGAACUGGUGCCAUGAAGAAGUUGUGGGAGAAGUCUGGCAUUGAUGCCAAAUGGGCCGAGACCGGUUACGCUAAGAAGAAGGAACAACAAGACCGACGACGCAACUUGACUGACUUCGAGCGAUUCAAGGUCAUGAGACUGAGAAAACAGGCUCGCUUUGCUGUCCAAAAGUCGCUAUCUAAAGUCCGCGCUGCUUCGUGA